CCCGCUGCGACUGGGCUGCUCGGAGCAGGGACAGUGGUUAUACCAUUGCCCUUCCGACGGGCCGGCGCCGAAACUCGCGAAGACCUCCUACCCACCUCCGACGAAUUGACCGGUCUCGUCCCCACUGCUCACGAUCGUCCUUCGUCGGGAAAUCCGUCCCACGGAUCUUGCUGCUGAUGCUAUACACUGGAAUCUGUUAUCGGCAAUCGAUCCCUCACUCGAGUCAGGUGUAUGUCCACCGCUGGACAGCUCUCCCGAGUAUUCAUCUCGUUCGUCUCUACCUACCUUGCCCACCUGGACCAGCUGGUACCAUAGGGCGGAAGUCGGUCCUUCCAAAUCGUAGCAGGCCAACACAUCUGCGCUGUCGAUCGCGCAUAGCCAGAGGGAUACCCAGGGACGGGAAGGCAAAAGGAAAGAGGUGCGAGGCGACUUAUCGGAAUUCAGGCACGCCUAUCACAUGUUCAACCCUUUAUCUGCGAUUCGACCUGCGCUCGGACACGAUUUCGGCAACGACGAUUGGUUCUGCAAGAUCCCCGCUCGCGGCCGAACCUCGACCGCUGCCUAUCAUCAAGAUAGAGCUUUCGGGGUUGCUCGUCGAAUUUUCGCCCGAUGCGAGCCGGGGCCGAAGGCAGAGAAACGGCAUCUUUGGUAAUGCCUCUCCUGAUCGGGAAUGGCACCUGCACAGCAUACACUCGGAUGUGGUUGCGGCAGUUGGGAAGCCAGAAAGUCCGAAGGAUCCCUUUCCUUGGUGGAGAGGAUGAUCCGGGUAUGAUUUGUUUACGGACUCCGUCGAGGCAGUCACAUACAGUUCUUUGGAAUUCGGAUGAUGGAAACAAUGAUUCAAUCUUAGAUAUUAAAUAUAUAAAAAUUCAUUUGUUCUUCCCCCCCCCUCCUCC